AUGGAGAAGGUCUAUGAAGAGCUGGACGAAGUAAAAGCUGCAAAUGAAAAGCUCAGAAUUGACUAUAGAAGCAAAACGGAGCUUCUCGAGAAUCUCAAGAAGGUGCAGAGCAAGCAGUUAGCAGAAAUCCAAGAGGCGAGAUCGGUAAUUGAGAAGCAAGGUUUUGAAUUUGACGAGAAAACAAGAGAAGUUUCUGAGCUGAAGCGAGCAAACGAGGAUCUGCAGCGUUGCCUGAGAGAAAAGGAUUCUGUUCUCAAGCGUGUGAAUGAUGCUAAUGAUAAGCUUAGAGCUAACGGAGAAGAUAAGCAGAAGGAAUCCGAGGAAGAGAAGAGAAAGCUGGUGUCAGCUUUGGAUGAAGCAAGUGAGAAGAACAUUGACAUGGAGCAGAAGAACAAUGUCUAUAGAGCUGAGAUUGAAGGGCUCAAAGCGCUUUUAGCAGCAGCAGAAAUGAAAAAGAUGGAAGUUGAGAGAAGUGCUAAAGCUUUGAAAGAACUGAGAGGAAGAGAUGAUACAAUGGUUAAACUGGAAGAGGAAAAGCUUCAAGUAGAAGAGAAGCUGAAAUGGAAGAAGGAGCAGUUUCAGCAUCUUGAGGAAGCACAUGAGAAGCUCCAAAGCAUGUUCAAAGCUAGCAAGAAAGAGAUGGAGGAAGAAAGAUCAACGCUUCUAGAUGAGAUCUACUCUCUCCAGACCAAGCUAGAUUCACAAACUAGAAUCUCAGAGGAUCUUCAGAAGAAGUUACAGAUGUGUUACAGUGCGCUGGCCCAAGAAGAGACCAGAAGAAAACAUCUUGAGAUCCAAGUUUCUGAAUUCAAAGCUAGAUAUGAAGAUGCCUUUCAAGAGUUCCAAGACGAAAGAACAAAGCUUGAAGAUUUGGCUGGCAAAAGAGAUGAGGAAGUUGCAGACUUGAGACACUCCCUGAGCGAGAAAGAGGCUUACUUUAAGGAGAUGAAGUAUGAGAAUGGAAGACUGGAGCUGGAAAACCGGGAGUUGCUGGUUUCACUGAGAGAGCUCCAAGAAGCUACAAUUCAGGGAUCUGGGAAUUCUGCAGUGUCAAAGCUGAAGAACAAGUUUCGGAAUCUGGAAAACGUGCACAAGAACUGUUCAGCUAAUUUAAGAAGUAAAGAAGCUGAAUGGAGCUCUCAGGUGGAGAUAAUGGCAGAAGAGAUGAAUGAUUAUAAGCUGCAGCUGCAAAGAAAGGAGGCAGCACUGAAAGAAGUUGAGCUGGAGCUUGAAAACUUUCAUUCUUCGACAGGUAGAAUGAUACUGGAGUAUGAAGAAAUCUCAGUCAUGUUUCUGGUGUUGAGUAGAACAGUCUCUGAGGCUCAGUCAAGGCUUGCAAAUGUCAAAGACGAACAAAUCAAGGAUGAGAAAAGAGAAGAAGAGAGCUCUUCUGUAUUGAUUGAGCAGCUUGGGCAGAAGAAUGCUUUGCUGGCCAAGGCACGUGAAGAGACUGAAGAAGAGCGUGAAAGGGUCGCGUGCUUGGUGAAGAGAAUAGAAUCGCUGGAGCUUAUUGAAGAACAGAAUCUCCAGAUGCAGAGAGAGGUAGAGAGGUACAAAGAAACAGUUGAGGAAUCAUCUAAACUCCAAACUCAGAUGAAAGAGAAAAUGAAAGAGGCUGAAAGAGAUUACGAAGAGAAACUUCUGCAAGUCUGUGAUGCGCUUGACAACACAAACUCAGACCUCGUUGCAGAGCGUGAGAAGGUGGUGGCUUUAGCAAGGCAGGUUGAGUGUUUUGGUAAUGUGAAAGAGAAGAAUUUGGUGAUGGAAAACGAGAUACAGAAGUGCAAGGAGUUGCUGGAGGAAUCAGAAAAGUGUCGGUUGGUUUUAGAGGAGCAGGUUUCGCAGCUUGAAAGUGAUUCCAAGGAGAAUAUUAGAGAGCUCUGCAGCAAGGUGGACACUGCAUAUGCCAAGUUGGCGGAAGAGGCUGAGAAGACUGCUUCCAGGCAAAGGGAGAUUGAUAGUUACAAGGAGAUGCUUGAGGAGGCGACCAAGAGUCAACUUGUCUUACAAGAGAAACUUGCUGACGUUUCUGAGGCACUGGAAACAGCAAACUGUGAGCUGUUUGAUAAAACCUCUGAAGCGUACCAGCUUGAGUUCCAGUUAUGGGUGUGGAAAUCUAUCGCUAAAAGGCUAAAAGUCGAACUGGAGCAGAGCCAGAACCUGCGGAAAAGAGUCGAAGCUUCUCUUCUUGAACAGGUUGGAGUUGGAGAAGCCAUGAGGCAAGAGAGAAACGAGCUCGUGGAUAAACUGAAGAAAGCAGCAAUGUCUGAUUCAGAGAAAGAGACUCUUCUCCAGAUGGUAAAGGAUAAGGAUAAGAUCUUGACAGAAGUCCAGAGAGAGGUGGAGCUGUUGGAGCAAGAAUCACUUAGUAGGGAACUUGAGGACGCCGUUCUUGCGCAUAUAACUCUUUCAAGGGAUUUGCAACAGAAAGAAGAGGAAUUUGAGGGCUCGUUAAAGUCUGUAUCUUUGCUGCUGGAACAGAAGCAGAACGAGGCUAAUAUGGUUUACAAAGCAUGGGAGAGACUCGCUGCUAGUAACAUUCUUACCGAGGUAGAAACCGAGGCGGGGAAGCUGAUGAUCAUAGAGCUUGAAGGGGAAAUCUCAAGUAUCAGCCGGAAACUGGAAACAUCUGACGAAUCUGUUUCUAGUCUCAGAGAAGAAGCAGCCAAUUUGGGAGCUGAGUUAGAAACUAAGCUGAAAGAAGUAACCACAGAGAUGCAGGAGAAGAUUAGAACUUCAGAAGCGGAAAAGACAGAGUUGGUUAAACAAGUCUCGAGUUUGUCAUCAGAAAGACAAAAUCUCAUGUGUUUUGUCAGCGAAUUGGAGAGUCGAGUGUCGGAGCUGUGUGAUGAAGACACGAAGGUGAUGAAAACUUUGGAGAAAACUAUGCAACGUUGUGAUGGAUUUGGUAAAGAGAACAACAACAGUGUUGGUUCUCCUCCAAGAUUGGCAACGAAACGUGAAGAUGAUGUUGCAAUUGAAGACAGGUCACCAUUUAGACAACUUAACCAUUAG